ACCGCCGGCGGGGUUGGACGAAACGUCGCUGACUGCCUGUCUCGUCUGCGUACGAACCCCUUGCUAGUGUCAGUGGUCGGAGCGCAAGAAUACCAUACCACUCUUCUCGACAAAAUGCAGCACAUGGAUCGUUCGGGCAUUGAAAUCGUUCCUGAUGCAAGAACAGCCACCGGCGUCAUCAUGCUUGACAACAAUGGCGAGUGUCAGUGUAUGGUGGCAGACAUGGGUGUCCAUGACCGACUACAGCCACAACAGGUGGAAAACCAUAGGCAAAGUCUUGCAACUGCUCCCCUCGUCAUUAUGGAUUGCAACGUUCCCUUCGAGACCAUGGAACAUACGCUGGACAUCUGCUUAGAACAUCGAGUACCAGAUUGA